AUGUCUUCUUUAAGAGAUCAGCUAGCGCAGGUUGCUGCAAGCAACUCUACAGUUGCGUUGGAUAGGAAGAGAAGACAAAAGUUACAUUCCACAUCUUUGCUAUACAAUCCUAAAACAGCGGCUACCCAAGACUACGAUACAAUAUUUGAAAAUGCAUCUGCUGCGUUGGAGGAAUUGAUUCAUAUCGAGCCUCGAUUUAAAGUGUUCUGUAAGUCGCUAUUCAAUGCAUCCUCAGUAUCCAUUGACAGAAACGUGCAGACUAAGGACCAGAUACAAAAGUUGGAUAAUGCUGUAAACGCCUACUUGAUGCUAGCUUCUUCUAGGUGGCACUUGACACCAACGCUGCAUGCAACGGAGUGGUUAGUUCGUCGUUUCCAGAUACAUAUCCAUAAUGCAGAGAUGUUAUUAUUUUCCACCCUUAACUACUAUCAAAGUCCUGUUUUUAAGAGGAUCUUAAACAUUGUCAAGCUGCCUCCUUUGUUCAAUGCGUUUUCCAACUUUAUCAAAACAGAGAAGGUGCCUUCUAACUUAACAAUAAUUAGGCUUUUCAAUGACUUUGAAUUCCUACGGUUAUACACUAACCACCUUUCUAAAACUGUCAAACAGAAAGUCACAUAUACAAACCAGCUUUUGUUUACAUCCUGCUCCUUUAUCAACUUGAUUGCAUUCAAUUCUGACAACGAGGAGAGAUUGAAUGAAUUAGUUCCUAUUCUUUUGGAAAUUUCUGCAAAACUAAUGGCUUCUGAAUCUGAUGACUGUCAGACUGCUGCUUACACUGUAAUGGUUGUCUUGGCGACAGCGUUGCCACUAAAGAAGGAGAUUAUUCUUGCAGCUUUGGAAACUAUAUUAACUAAUCUAUCGGAGAACGCAUCUACCAAGAGGUGUGCGUUGACUGCGAUUUUCAAAUUGUUCCAAACUUCGAAGGGUCAAAACAGCGUCGAUCAUUUACCUUCAAAUUUAUUCAAGUUGUUUGAUGCAAAAUUUUCUUUAAACGUUUUUGUUGAUUCCCUAUCUAAGCAUGAUACACAGGCAGAUAAAUUUGCAACUGCAUAUGUAAGAUCUAUUGCGAGAUAUGACCAUGAAAAAUUGAAUCUAAUUAUUUCUAUCCUGAAGAAGAUCGAUUUGGAAAAGUUUGAGAUGCGGUUAAUAAUUACAGAUCUGAUCCAUCUUUCUGAACUCUUGCAAGAAAUGUCCCAACUAGUUGAAUUAUUUGAAUAUUUUGUUUCCAUUGACGAGGAUAUGGUUUUACGGUGUUUAAAAUCUUUGAACUUGACUAGCGAACUGUUUGAAAUCAGGCUCACCACAUCCAUAUUCUCCGUUGAGAAGACAGAACAAAAGAAGCCCGAUGAGAUGAUAAAGGAGUUGGAGGCUGCUAAUGUUUUGGGUGUCAAUAACGUAGUGCAGCCUUUUAAAGAGUUCUUAAACAAGAAUUCUGAACAUUUAUGCACUAAGAGUGUGUCAAUGUUUGUUCAAGACGAUCAAAAAUUUUCCAAGUUAGUUUCCCUAUUUGUUGAAGCUGUUGGGAAAAAGUAUCAACCAGGAUUGUUUCUAUCUUCCUUUUUCACUACAUUGGAAAGUAGGAUCACCUUUUUACUAAGAGUUAUCGCUUCUCCGUCUGCUCCAAUUGCGUUGCGAUUAGUUAGUUUGUCAAAUUUGUCCAAACUGAUUAAUUCGAUUGGCAACGAUUCCAAUCUCUUCACCUUAAUUCCAAUUUUAAUAGUCGCCUUGACAGACGUUUCAAAAAAUGUAAGAAUAGCAACCAAGAAAAUUCUGCAUCAGAUAUCAAAGAGACCGUUCACCAAACGUUACUUUUUAUCCGAAAAGAUAUAUGGAGAGGGUCUAAGUGUUCCAAUUCUGAACCCAAAAGAUAGUGAAUGGUGGUUGAACAGAUUUUUGGAGGGCUAUAUGGUUGAAAACUAUGAUAUAUCUUCAUUGUUGAUUCCAAAGAAGAAUGAAAAGAUAUAUUUACUGUUUUGGGCAAAUCAAGCGUUAUUCAUUCCGCUGCCUUUACCCAAAUUGAUAUUGAUGCGUUAUAUAGGGACACAUGAGUCUUAUUCUUCCACUUAUUCUCAAAUUUUUGAAAAGUUUUUACCUAAAUAUAUUCAAGAAAGAUCUCAGUGGGAAAAGAUGUGUUCUUUGAAUAAGACUAACUUCAAGGACUUUGAAUCCGCUUUAGUUUCGAUGGUAGCCAUGAAAGAAAAAAAUCAGUCUGUCAUAGACUUUGUUAUUGAUUCAUUAAAGUCACCAUAUGAACAAUUGGCAUCUUUAAUGGCUAAGAGAAUAAUUAACAUAUACCCCACAUUGAAACAGGGAAUUCAAUUGCAUUUGGUACAGAAUAUUAUUGAAACUACUGCUGAGUCGGAGCUAUUUUAUGAUUCUAUAGAGACUCUGCAGGAACUUCCCCUAACUUCUGAUAUAUUUGUUUCUAUUCUAAAUCAAAACACUAUUAAUCAUGAUGGCACACAUGAACCAAGUAAACGAAGAAGAAGGUCAUCAGCUGCAAAUAAAGUUGCUCUUCAAAAGGAACAAAUCUCCCAUAUUGCUGAGAUACACUUGCGGAAGUUGACAAUUAUUUUGGAGGCUCUCGAUAAAAUGAAGGUUGGCGGCUCGGAAAUUUUAUUAUCCACUCUUUUAAACAUUUUGUCUGAUUUGGAGACUUUGGAUCAGGAUGGAGGAUUGCCUGUUCUCUAUGCACAGGAAACGUUGGCUUCAUGUAUGUUGAAUGUUAUCGAAUCUCUUAACUCGAAUGGAUCUCGCACAACCAUGUUAAAAUCAGUCAGAGCAGAUAUUUUGGUUGCUGUAUUGCGGGCAUCUCCAUCGCCCCAAUUGCAAAAUAAAUUGCUUUUGGUAGCUGGUUCGUUAGCUGUAUUAAAUCCAGAAGUUGUCUUACAUUCCAUCAUGCCAAUAUUUACCUUUAUGGGUGCACAGUCUAUCCGUCAAGAUGAUGAGUUUUCCACCAUGGUUGUUGAGAAGACUAUCAAAUCUGUGGUACCUGCUUUGUUAACCUCAGGAUCCUCAGAACUUUCUGAUGAGAUCGAAUUUCUGUUGAUGAGUUUUUCUACAGCAUUCUCACAUGUCCCAAAACAUAGAAGAGUAAGAUUAUUUACUACCUUGAUAAAAACUUUAGGAUCUUCUUCGGCCGUUCACUCAUUUUUGUUAUUGAUGGCACAGCAAUAUUCGAACAAUAUUAGUCGGUUUAAUAUUGCUGAUGCUAAAAGUAUUUUGGAAUUUUGCAAGGCUUUAUUAUCUAAGUUUGAUGUCCUAGAGCAGUUACAUGGUAUUGCAGGCUUUUUAGAAUUAGUAGAUUUACUGGGAACUCAUCAUAAGGAUAAUGCUGAAAUUUUAUCACGUAGGACAUUGUUCUCAAAUGGUAUCUUGAACUACUCUGAAGUAGAAUUACAUGCAUUUGAGAAGAAUGCAUUUGACUUCAUAGACAAGAUAAUCACAGAAGAUGGUACUGAAUAUCACAGCACUGCAGGAAACUUGAAGUUAAGAAUAUUAAGCUCAUUUUUGGAUGUUGAACGGAAUGAAGAAUUCAACGGUUCUAUCAAAGUAAGGUUUGGCGAUGUUUUGAAACUUACUCUUGGCUUUAUUAAUAACGCUGAGAAACUUUUUAAUAUUUCGGCCAAUUCCUCUGCCAACACAACAUCUGAUAUUGAAGACUCUAAUUCUGAACCUGAAGUGGAUGAUGCUGUUGAAGAAGUAAAAGAAAUAUUAUUCAAAUUGUUAGGGCACAUCCUAGAUUUGUUACCAAUCAAUCCGUUUGUUGAAUCUGUAUUGACAUUAAUUCAAUCUACCAAUGAUGGAGCCGUUAGACAUCACAUUAUCAUGGUAACCAAUAGUAAAUUUAAGCUGGAACCAGUUUCCUCAAGUGUUAUUGCUGAACGUGUAAUUAAUCAGCUCUUCGGUAUUGUUAGCAAUCCUGAAGAAGCGACCAAUAUUGUACAAGUUUCAUUAAACACAUUAUCAUCAUUGAUCACUAAAUUUGGAGAGAAAAUAGAUUCCAAGUUGCUCGUGGAGUCAUUAAAGGUGGGCUCGCAACUGUUGAUAUCUAAGAAAAUUGAAGUCAUUAUUUCUGGUCUCGCAGUCUUGACAAGUACCAUUUAUGUGCUGGGGGUUAAAUCUAUUGCUUUCUACCCCAAGAUUGUUCCUCAAGCACUUGAAAUUUUUGAAUCUGUAAAAGAUUCUAAUGAUGAGUUACGGGAACAAUUACAGUUGUCUGUAAUAUUGUUGUUUGCCUCUAUGUUGAAGCGUAUUCCUAGUUUCCUACAAUCUAACCUUGCUGAUGUUUUACGGGUUGUAUUAUUCGCUGACGGCGUACAAGAAUCUAUUAGACUAUACGUCACAACCUUGAUUGUUGAACACAUUGAUCUGAAGGAAGUAUUAAAAAAUUUGUACAAGUUGUGGUCUACUGAAGCAAGUCAGACCAAUGAUUCAGUGGCUGUCUCUUUGUUUUUAAGCUCUUUAGAGGCAACCGUAGAGGCGAUAGACAAGAAGUCUGCCACCUCUCAAUCACCUAUAUUUUUCAAGUUACUGCUAUCGCUGUUUGAAUACAGAUCAAUAAGUACGUUUGAUAAUAAUACCAUCAGCCGUAUCGAGGCCUCUGUACAUCAGAUUGCAAACAGCUACGUUCUAAAGCUAAAUGAUAAGAUUUUCAGACCAUUGUUUGCUUUAACUGUAAGAUGGGCCUUCGAUGGAGAAAAUGUUGCCAAUUCUCAGGUUAGUAAAAACGAAAGGCUAAUUGCGUUUUUUAAAUUCUACAAUAAGUUGCAGGAAAACCUCAAAUCCAUUGUCACCUCGUACUUUACCUACCUUUUGGAGCCAACUGCCAUACUUUUACAAAAUUUCACUACAGGUAAGAUUUCCGAUGUCAGCCUACGUCGUCUAGUUCUGAUCUCAUUGACGUCGUCCUUCAAAUACGACCGCGAUGAAUACUGGAAAACCUCCUCAAGGUUUGAAUUGAUUUCUGAAACUUUGACAAGCCAACUAAGCAACAUAGAAGAUGUUAUCGGGAAGUACUUGGUAAAAGCAAUUGGCGCUUUGGCAUCCAAUAACUCGGGUGUAGAUGAACAUAAUAAGAUCAUGCACAGGCUGUUGAUUAGUCACAUGAAGUCAUCCUGUCAAAGUAAAGAAAAACUCUGGACUGUCAAAUCUACUAAGCUAAUCUACUCAAAGGUUGGUGAAGGGUGGCUAGUCUUACUACCACAGCUGGUUCCAAUUAUCGCAGAACUAUUAGAAGAUGAUAACGAAGAAGUUGAACGGGAAGUCAGGGUAGGCCUCGUUAAGGUUGUUGAAAACGUUUUAGGCGAACCAUUUGAUAGAUAUUUGAACUGA